AUGCUGUUUCGUGGUCAUGCUUCCUCAUGGUGGAAACAGCUCAAAACCACCAGAAACCGUCUUGGUAAACCGCCGAUAGUGUCGUGGGUUAAGCUUCAGAAACAUCUACGGGCCACAUUCUUACCUCACAAUUACGAGCGGACAGUGUACACUAGGCUUCAGAACCUAUGCCAGGGUUCCCGUACCAUCGACGAAUAUGCCGACGAGUUCUCACUCUUGUUGACAAGAACGGAUAUUUACGAUAGUGCAGAACAAUUGGUCUCGCGUUUCAUUGGUGGUCUUCGUCCGCAACUACUGAAUGCACUUGCUCAGUUCGACCCAACGACAUUUGCUGAAGCUCAUAGGCGUGCAGCUUCCUUUGAGCAAACGCAACGUUCUUCGUCUUGGACAAACCAAUCAUCUCGCUCUCGCACUGCUGAGCAGACAACAACACCGGCAACAACGAAAGAGGGUGAUGCUCAACCUCAGACAACAGGUCAACCUGAGGAUCAGAAUCUGCGACGAACUACCCGCCCUCCAGCAUUAAAAUGCUACACGUGUGGAGAACCGGAUCAUCGUCAAACGACUUGCCCACAUAAAAACCGUCGGGGGUUGGUCUUAGACAAUACGAAGGAUGACUCUCAACCUAUAUACAACUUCUAUGGUGAUGAUGACGAGGACAAAGCCGAAGAUGAGGUCCUUCCUACGACAGGUGAUACGGGUCACUUACUGGUGCUUCAACGAUCUUGCGUUGUGCCGCGUCGACAAGAUGUUCAGUGGUUGCGCACCAAUAUUUUCAGAUCUACAUGUACCAUAGGAGAUCGUGUGUGCACUUUUAUCAUUGAUUCGGGUAGCUCCAAGAAUGUCAUCGCAGAUGAUGCUGUCAACAAGUUGGGACUUAUCCGAGAACAACACCCAGCGCCAUAUACACUUGGUUGGAUCACGGAGAGCAGUUGCUUGCGCGUUACUCAAAGAGUGCUGGUUCCCUUUUCAAUAGGACCUUACUAUAAAGAGCGCACUUACUGCGAUGUGGCACCAAUGGACAUCGCGCAUCUAAUCCUAGGUCGACCAUGGGAAUUUGAUCGUAAGAUCAUUCAUGAUGGAGCAAAGAACACGUACAGUUUCAUAUGGGAAACACAUCAGAUUCUGUUACUUCCAACUCCGCCGGCAGACGUUGUCGCUCCUCCUGUCAUCCCCAACGCUCAACCAAUGACACUCAUUUUUUCUUACUCGACCUUUGUGUCGGAAUUACGUUCUGAAGGUGUUGCUUUUGCCUUGAUACCUUCAGCAUCGAGUCACACGUUGUCGACGACAACACCACCGUCUCUACUCUCUGCAUUGGACGAGUUUAAUGACGUGUUCCCGGCUGAACUCCUAUAUGGCUUACCUCCGCUUCGCGACAUACAUCACCACAUUGAUCUUGUUCCAGGAGCGACGUUGCCUAACAGAGCCCAUUACAGAAUGAGCCCUACGAAACAUGAAGAGCUUCGCCGACAGGUUGAGGAAUUAUUACAGAAGGGUUAUAUCAAAGAGAGUUUGAGCCCGUGA